ACGGUACAGCACUAGCAGCAGUGAGAUAACUCAAGUUGGUCGGGUGUUUAAAGCUCCUUCUGUAUAUAGCUUAAUAUAUUUUAUUAAUGCUAGACGCUUGACAAGACUUUAAACGACGGUAUAUUUGAAUGCUGACACCGUUUACUUUAAACACGGAUUGUUCGUGUAAAACAGCAGUGAACACCACGCUCUAUCAGUAUGUCUUACUUGGAGUGGGCAGAGUCUCAGCUUGCAGAGAUAGAGCUACUGACCAGCAUGUUUCCCACCCAGGAGGAGCUGGAGAUCACAGACCAGCUGGCACUAGCUGAGCUCAGGGACUAUGUGGAGGGCUCAGCUUCAGCUGACAGUCCCCCUCCCUCGAGACCUCACUUUCUCAUCAAGCAGAAGCUGGACACUGCAAGCAUGGAGAGGACGGAUGUUGUUGUGUCCUGUGCUUAUCCAUCCGAAUAUCCCAGUGUGUUACCAGAGAUAACAGUCCGGUGUGCGGGUCUCAGCAGGGCCCAGCAGACACAGCUCCACACAGAUCUCAAUGCACACCUUAUGGAAAACUGCCAGGGGGAAGUAUGUGUGCUCUCUGCUGUGGACUGGGUGAAAGACAACCUGCAGCUCUUCAUUAAUAAGAGCUUAUCAGCAGCAGCCGCUCCUAAGAAAGAGUCUUCUUCUCCACGCCCACAGGAAGUGUUCAGCCGAUUGUGGAUUUACAGUCACCACAUUUACAACAAGACGAAAAGGAAGAACAUCUUGGAGUGGUCCAAGGAGCUGGGCCUGUCAGGAUUUAGUAUGCCUGGGAAGCCUGGUAUUGUGUGUGUGGAAGGUCCUCAUUCUGCCUGUGAGGAGUUCUGGUCCAGAGUGAAGGUUCUGACAUGGAAGAAGAUCAUGAUUCGACAUAGAGAGGAUAUUUCCCUUGAUCGUCCAGGCGAGGACAGCAGAACUGGUGAAAGUAUAGACUCCCUGCGCAAAUUCACAGGCUUUGAAGAGGCAAUGUUUGACCCCCAUGGGAACAGAGGUAAUCACAUGGACCUUGGGCAGCUCUACCAGUUCUUAAAUGAGAAAGGCUGUUGUCACGUCUUUCAAAUAUAUUUUGGCAUUGAAGGUAGGUAGUUGUCAGAUCCAGAGAAUGAGUAUACAUAGGUAACUGGUGCCUUGUCAUUGAAGUCACUUCUCCUGAAAAUAAGUGUUAACUUAAAAAUGGAAAUGCAUUCAUUAUUGUUUAUUUUUAGUUUUUGUUUUACACACAAGCACACAAAUGGGUUUUGAGCAUCUGGUCAGAUGUGCCUGAAAUAACUGAAUAACCAUUUUACGGAUGUUGCUCAGCUGUUACACCUGGGACUUCAUUCGGAUAGAAGGCAGAAAGAACAUUUCUGCAAUUUUCAGAAACUAAAACUUCUUUUUAGCUAAUAGGCAUGUUUUUCAAAAAGAAGCAUUAGAAAGAUGUUUAUCUGAGAGUUUUCUCGAGGACCUCAGUUAUAUUUGCAAUUUUAAUACUCCUGCAAGGAUCACACCUUGCCCUAGGUGUUUCUUUCCUCAAAUGGCACCGCUGUGUAUUACUGCCAGGCUAUUAUAGGAUUUUCAGGUCUGAUACCACAUUAAUAAUUGGACAACAUAGUCAACAAUCUGCUAGAUAUCUGUUUAUGAAAUCUGUUGAUUUUCCUCUUAUGAAUUAUAGAUAACAUAACCGUGGAAAGUCUCUCUCUCCAAUUUUCUUUGAAUGAUCCGUUCUUAGAUAAAUUGUGCAUAAUUGUGGAUUACACUCUGGUAAUUAAAACGUGUGGGUAUUGAACAUGAAUCUUAUUUUUAGCCCUUCAAGACAAAGAUAGGGAUUUUAAAAAUAUUCAUAUAGAUCUUUAUGUGGAUUUUGUGUGUUCCUCUGGGGUUCAGUGGAAGGUUAUCAUGUCAGAUAUAUAGUCCUGCUGCCACUAAAUGGAUAUUCUAUUGGUGAUUUUGUCAGCAAGAGCAUUCCUUACAGUAAUCACUUAUAUACUAUAUCCAUUUUUAGUAUCAUACCACCAUCCUACCAUAUGUGUCACACAUACACAAUUACAAGACUGGUGGGACAGGGUGUCCUAAUGCUUUGAAAAUACCACUAAAAAUUAUCGCCUCAAAGGAGUUUGAACCCUGAGUGACAUUUCAGAGUUCGGACUUUGUUAACAAUUAACUGGUUCAUUUAGUAACCUACUGAUUUUUCACCUGGACUGUGGUGCAAGAUCAAUACUAGAUGACCUGCUGAAGUCCAGCUUGACAUAGAGUUAUUAUGAUGACAGGAAUUCACAAGGACACACCACUUGAAGACAAGCUGGUUCAGUAGUUUGAGGCAUUGGAUUGAAUUUACUUGGAAAUUUGCUUGGGCUAAAAUUCCCAGCAGAUGGCAGCAUUAUAUAACCAAAGUUGGAAAACAUGGCAUCCUUAGAUGGUACCUGUGAUUUCUGAAUGUUAACAUAUUUAACUCUACUAAAAUGCAUAAUCCUUUAAAAUAAAAAAAUAAAUAAAAAUAAAAAA